AUGGUCGAUCUGCUGGACUUGGACGACCGUGAUUCAUGCUUCGAAUCGCGCGAAGUGGGACUUGACACAGCGGAAGAGACGCCGUCGUCUUCUUUUUUUCCAUAUGCUGCCGUGGAUACUUCUAGCGUAGUAUCUUCAAACGACGCGGCUAAACAGCACCUGCUACUUCUCGCUGCGAAAUCGUUUGGUAAUGGUCUUGAGGACCAUCAAAGUGCAGUCAAUAGUGAACGAUCCAUCAAUUGUGACGAGAAGAAUAUCACGUACGAUGCCGAGCGGGUCGUAGCUGGUUCAAAUAGGCUGGAACGCCACGAGACUUUUGGUGAUAAAGACGCCAGUCAAGAAGAACGUCAACGCCCUUGGCAUGAAAAGUCCGUCGUGGCGAUUCUCAAGGACCUUGACGUUGAUGCUGCGUGUGGUUUGGAAACGGAAGAUGCUUGCCAUCGACUGGAAGUGAACGGUCGCAAUUCCUUGGACGAAGAGACAAAGACGUCGGUCAUUGUCAUGUUCGUGAUGCAGUUUACCAAUGUGAUCAUAGGUCUCCUCAUGGCUGCAGCAGUAGCUUCCGUUGCUCUGCAAGAGUACGUUGAAGGGGUGGCGAUCAUUGCUAUCGUGACACUGAAUGCAGUGAUUGCUACGGUCCAGGAGUACAAUGCCAGCAACGCUCUUGAAGCCCUUCAGAAAAUGACGUCUCCACAGUGCAUGGUGCUGCGGGAUGGCGGCCGCCAUGUGCAGAUUCCAAGUGACCAGCUCGUCCCUGGUGACAUGGUUGUGCUCACGACAGGGGAUAUCGUACCUGCUGACAUUCGUCUCGUCUCGAGCGCCGGCUUGAAGGUGAAUGAAAUGAUCUUGACGGGUGAAUCCGAGGACGUGCUGAAGAAAGUUGACGCGGAGUGUGCGAACAGUUCCAGCGAGAAAUUGACGGCCAACAACAUGGUGUUUGCUUCCACUUCCAUUGCAGUGGGCAGUGCCACUGGGGUUGUCGUGGAGACUGGGAUGUCCACACGAGUUGGAUCAAUCGCUUUGCUGCUAAAAAGUGGAGGCCAUAAAAAAUCGGACGACGUCAACUGCUGCCGUCGACUCAAGGACAGCAGUUCUCCUAAAAUGACUCCCUUGCAGCUCAGUCUUCACAAACUCGGUGUCUUCAUGGGCGCCGUUGUGCUCGGUGUCUGCAUCAUUGUCUUCAUCGUUGGAAUGGUGCGGGGUAAUGCCGAUCCAAAGCAUCCCGAUCGUGCAGUGUGGCUCAAUGUCGUCAUGAUUGCCGUCUCGCUAGCUGUCAGUGCAGUACCUGAAGGACUACCCAUGGUAGUCACCAUUUGCUUGUCCACUGGUACAGCCGAUAUGGUGAAGAAGAACGUCCUCGUACGUAAAUUGGCUGCAGUGGAAUCACUUGGUGCGAGCUCGGUCAUUUGCACGGACAAGACAGGGACGCUGACGGAAGGAAAAAUGACGGCUGUGAAACUCUGGAGCGAUGCCGUCGAGUAUGAGAUCACUGGCACGGGGUUCAACCCGACCGGAGACAUCCUUCGCGACGGUGAAAGCCAAACGAAGGGACCAUCAGUGUCCAUUCCCGUGCGUACGACAUUGUUAUCGGCAGCAUUGUGCAGCAAUACGAGGUUACAGCAAGGGGAAGACGACAAUGGUGCUUUGAUGUGGGUCCCAAUGGGCAAUCCAUCGGAAGCCCCACUCGUUGUUGCAGCUGCCAAAGCAGGUAUCUGCCGUGAAAAGGCCAUGCAGAUGUACUCUCGAGUUGUAGAGGUACCGUUCUCAUCUACGAGAAAGAUGAUGGUCACUGUGAAUGAGCUUCCAGCUGGCACGUCGCAGUUGGACUUGUUGCAACUGCCUUGCACGACCAAAUUGGUUGCCAACGUCAAAGGAGCUCCGAAUUACAUUGUCAAGCGUUGCACCUCGAUGUUGCGUCACGACGGAUCGAUUGCGACUUUGACCAAUCGUGACUGCAAUUGCAUCUUGAAAGCUGUCGACACGCUGUCGUCUGAAGCACUUCGUGUCCUUGCCGUCGCAAUUCGUCCAUUAGACAAGAUGCCGUUUCCAAAUGAAGAAGAUGAAGAUGACGAGGCGAAAUGUCAAGCUCUCUGUGAAUCCCUGAUCUUUAUCGGUCUCGUUGCCUCCAUUGACCCUCCUCGAGCAGGUGUCAAGGGUGCCAUUCAGGCUGCUCGGCAAGCGUCCAUUCGGACUGUCAUGAUAACGGGGGACUACCUCAAAACGGCUGUGGCCAUUGCUCGUGAUAUUGACCUUUUGCCAGUUGGUGGUGAUGAUAUUGACGUAAAAGCCGUGGAUUGUGGGGUACUGCGCUCGCGCCCGAAUCUGUACGUGUCCAAUGCAGAGCUGGAUGAACUCACGAGUCAAGUGUCCGUGUUCGCGCGCGCGAGACCUGAAGACAAGCUCGAGAUUGUCAAGUCUUUGCAGCGUCAAGGUCACGUCGUAGCAAUGACUGGCGAUGGUGUCAAUGACGCACCUGCGCUGAAAAUAGCCGACAUUGGCGUGGCAAUGGGAAUUGCCGGUACAGCCGUUGCCAAAGGUGCGUCAGCGAUGAUUCUGACCGAUGACAACUUUUGCAGCAUUGUUUCUGCCGUCAAGAAGGGCCGUCAGAUUUAUGGCAAUAUCCAGCGCUUUGUGUGCUUCCUGCUGUCGACCAACUUCGGGGAGAUCACUCUGAUCUUCACUGCUAUUGCCAUUGGCAUGCCCAAUCCUCUGGAACCUUUGCAAAUUCUGGUGCUCAAUCUGUUUGCUGACGGCAUGGCUGCUGUAGCACUGAGCCUUGAAAAGGGUGAUGGCUCAGUGAUGUUAGAGCGUCCUCGUCCUCGUUCCAAGCGCAUUAUCUUUGGCCGUCUCUGGGUCAUCGUGCUGUCAAAUGCCUUGCUAAUCGCUGCUGGUGCCCUGCUAGUGUUCAUUUGUGGUCUGUACUGGAACUUUGAGCACAUUUUGCUGGAUGACAUCACGGCUAGUAUUGAUACAGACAUAGGUCGAGGUGCCUACAGGAAUGUCGUGUGCUCUCGCUGGAUGGGCCUGGGUAAAGUUAGACAGGAGUAUAGUAAUUGCGGGGCGCGUGAUCUCAACGGUACGUACCUCUUUGCCGAAAAUAUCCAAGCGCUGCAGUAUUACGAGAGCAACGAGCUACUGUGCUACGGCGGAGACUACGAGUGUGUCUCUGAAGGCACGUCGCGCGCACAAACGAUGGCCUUUGUUUACAUCACGACCAUGGAGAUGCUUCGUGCCUACACCGCUCGCAGCUUUACAAAAUCGGUUUGCAAAGAUAUGUUCAGCAACAAGUGGAUGCAGAUGGCUGCUUUGGGCUCGCUGGUCUUGACUCUGUCCGUCACCAAUAUUCCCGUUGUCAAUGAUGAUAUCUUCGGCUUUACACACAUCGAGUGGUACGAGUGGAUGUUCUCAAUGGUGUUUGCCCUGGUCAUGGUUGCUUUCGGUGAAACGCUCAAGGGCGCCUACCGUCAUCGUGACCGCGCUAAGCUUCGCAGAGCUGCCGAGGAUAAUUACGUGGACAUAAUCGAUGAUAUCCACGUUGUUCGCAAUCGCACCGAGCAUCUCGAAAGCAAAAUGGAAACCCGAGAUACUUCUGGUCUACGUUCGCAUAGUAAACAAGCUCCCCUCCAAUGA